UAUAAAGCAGCAGGUGCCUGUGCCUGUUCCACCUCACACGCAGUGCCGGCCCGAGUCUGUCCUGCCCCCUCCCCACCCGGCCCAGCACCACCAUGACUCCGGGCGUCCAGGCCCCUUUCUUCCUUGUGCUGCUGCUAUUCCCGGUGCUUGAAGUCCACAGUACCACCACUUCCCCGGCCACCAGCUCUGCCUCAAGCUCGGCCACCACUCCAGUCCACAGUGCCACCACUUCUUCGGCCACGGGCCCUGCCUCAAGCUCGGCCACCACUCCAGUCCAUGGUUCCUCCUCGUCCCUGGUCACCGCUCCAGUCCACAGUGCCACCACUUCUUCGGCCACGGGCCCUGCCUCAAGCUCGGCCACCACUCCAGUCCAUGGUUCCUCCUCGUCCCUGGUCACAAGUUCUGCCUCAAGCUCAGCCACUGGUCCAGUCCACGGUGCCACCCCUUCUUCGGCCACUGGCCCUGCCUCAAGUUCAGCCACUGCUCCAGACUCUGGUGCCACCCCUUCCCGCCACUAGCUCUGCUUCAAGCUCGGUCACCGCUCCACUCCACGGUUUCUCUUCAUCCCUGGCCACCAGCCCUGCCUCAAGCUCGGCCACCGCUCCAGUCCACGGUGCCACCCCUUCCCCGGCCACCGGCCCUGCCUCAAGCUCGGCCACCGCUCCAGUCCACGGUGCCACCCCUUCCCCGGCCACCGGCCCUGCCUCAAGCUCGGCCACCGCUCCAGUCCACGGUGCCACCCCUUCCCCGGCCACCGGCCCUGCCUCAAGCUCGGCCACCGCUCCAGUCCACGGUGCCACCCCUUCCCCGGCCACCGGCCCUGCCUCAAGCUCGGCCACCGCUCCAGUCCACGGUGCCACCCCUUCCCGGCCACCGGCCCUGCCUCAAGCUCGGCCACCGCUCCAGUCCACGGUGCCACCCCUUCCCCGGCCACCGGCCCUGCCUCAAGCUCGGCCACCGCUCCAGUCCACGGUGCCACCCCUUCCCCGGCCACCGGCCCUGCCUCAAGCUCGGCCACCGCUCCAGUCCACGGUGCCACCCCUUCCCCGGCCACCGGCCCUGCCUCAAGCUCGGCCACCGCUCCAGUCCACGGUGCCACCCCUUCCCCGGCCACCGGCCCUGCCUCAAGCUCGGCCACCGCUCCAGUCCACGGUGCCACCCCUUCCCCGGCCACCGGCCCUGCCUCAAGCUCGGCCACCAGUCCACUCCAUGGUGCCACCCCUUCCUCAGCCACAAGUCCUUCCUCAAGCUCAGCUGCCACUCCAUCACACGAGGGCACCUCUGCCAAGGCGACCACCACACCAGCUGGCAAGGACACGCCAUCCUCAGUUCCCAGCCACCCCUCUGACACUCGUACCACCCCUGCCAGCCCCAGAACCAAGACUGCUGUCAGCAGCACUAACGGUGGCACAGUGCCCCUCACCUCCCCCAGCCCUACGGGGGUUUCCUUUUUCUUCCUGUCCUUCCGUAUUUUGAAUCUCCCAUUUAACUCUUCCCUGGAGGACCCCAGAACUAACUACUACCAGAAGCUGCAGAGAAACAUUACCGAAUUGUUUUUGCAGAUCUAUGCACCUGACAAUUUUCUGGGCUCCUCUGAUGUGAAUUUCAGGCCAGGAUCUGUGGUGGUGGACUCCAUUCUGGCCUUCCGAGAAGGCACCACCAGUGGCAAUGACGUAAAGGCACAGUUUGUUCGUCAAAUACAAAAAGCAGCUCAGUACCACCUGGACAUCUCAGGAAUUAGUGCUGGUGAUGUGUCAUUUCUUCCCUCUGCCCAGUCUGGGCCGGGGGUGCCCGGCUGGGGCAUAGCCCUGCUGGUGCUUGUGUGCGUCCUGGUCGCGCUGGCCAUCAUCUAUCUUGUGGCCCUGGCUGUGUGUCAGUGCCGCCGAAAGAACUUCGGGCAGCUGGACAUCCUUCCAACCCGAGAUGCCUACCACCCUAUGAGCGAGUACCCUACCUACCACACCCAUGGGCGCUAUGUGGCUCCUGGCAGUACCAAGCGUAGUCCUUAUGAGGAGGUGUCUGCAGGCAACGGUGGCAGCAGCCUCUCUUACAUGAACCCAGCAGCCACUUCUGCCAACUUGUAGGGGCAGGUUGCCUGAGCAUCCAGCCAGUGGCCUCCGGCAUGGUCUUCACUGCCAGCGCCCCCUCCCCGCUCUGGACCGUUGAGCUGGGAGUUCAAGUGGGUACUCACGGCCUCCUUUGCAGGCCCCACCAAGUUCCCUAACCCACCCAGCCCUAGCGGAGCCUGUCAGGGCUCCGGGGAACAUGCCCCCAGAUGGGGGUGGGGACUCGUACACGGCUGAAUAAACUGUGGGCCCGCUCUUCUCUGACUGCC